CGCUGGUGUUGAAAAGAGUGGAAACAGAGCGCCGUUGUGGCGUUUGAGCCGCGGCUCGGGGAGAUAAAGACACGGGAACCGUCCUCUGCGCGCGAAGGGACCCGCGAAGAGCCGGCAGACAUGGACGUUAACACGGGACGCGGGCGGCGGCGUCGUCCUUCGUGAAAAAGGAGCCGCGGCGUCCGGGCGGAAACGUCCGGUGCGGGAAGAGUUAAGAGGAGACAUCGCGAAGUGUUUGCUUCUUCGGCUAGCAGGCUAGCUCGGCUAGACACCGAGGAGAGCUGGGAAUGGGAAGCCGGUGCGAGUUUUCGCCCCCAUCGAGGUCUUUGUCGCUCGCCGACGGAGCAAAAAUCCCAGUAGGGGCAAAUCGCCCAUUUUGAAAAAUUUGUCGACCGAAACGCGCGGCUGUCCGCCGGCGGCAGCCCGGGAGGAGACGGCAACUUUGGAGACGGCUGCGGGAGCCCAGCGCCGAGACGCGUCGCCGCCGAGCGCUCGGGAAGUGGGGAAAAGUCGCACAGGCCUGCUGGUUCGAGUUUGCACCAAGAAGGGAGAACAUGACUCACUGGCCUCUCCCAGAACUGGGCCAACCUAGCAUCAGCCUACCGCUUUAGAUGGUUACCUCCAAACACCAUGACGGAGAGCCAUUUAGGCUAGGCCCCUGACGAUCAUCUCAACGCCCUAUCCCCCAUCCUGCCCCCCUGUCCCUUCCCCCCCGCUCCCUGCCAAUACUGCCAAAUCAUGCUGCGUUUUCUGCCCCUCAAGCUUGGCCGCCUCUACCGCUGUCUGAAGCUUUUGUUGGUGGUGGGCUUGUUCGUCAUCUUGCUGAUGAACACCCACAAUCUGUUUGCGUCCUUCCAGAAGAAUGAGCUUACUGACAGACGCUUCAUCAACCUCAACAAGUGCCCCGCCUGUUUUGGCACCAGUUGGUGCCGCAAGUUCAUGAACGGCCAGGUGUCGUUUGAGAAAUGGGAACGCCUGCGGUUCCUGGACGUCUUCAACGUCAAGAACGUCUACUUUGCCCAAUAUGGCGAGCCCCGGGAGGGCACACGCCGUGUGGUGCUCAAACGGCUCGGCUCCAACCAGGAGUUAAUGGACAUAGACCAGAAAAUCUGCAAGAGGGCUACAGGUCGGCCACGCUGCGACCUCAUCCAGGCCAUGUAUAAGACAGAAUUUGCCCGGCUAAAUGGGGACGUUCGUCUGCUCACUCCAGAAGUGGUAGAAGGCUGGUCAGAUCUCGUGCACUGCCCCUCCCAGAGGCUGCUUGACCGCCUGGUCCGCAGGUAUGCUGAGACCAAAGACUCAGGCAGCUUCCUGCUCAAGAACCUCAAGGACACAGAGAGAAUGCAGCUGCUCAUGACCUUGGCUUUCAACCCGGAGCCACUUGUCCUACAGAGUUUUCCAUCCGAUGAAGGCUGGCCGUUCGCCAAGUACCUGGGCGCCUGUGGGCGCAUGGUGGCCGUCAACUACGUGGGCGAGGAGCUGUGGAGCUUCUACAACGCGCCGUGGGAGAAGCGGGUGGACCUGGCGCGCCAGCUGAUGGACAUCGCCGAGCAGCUGACCAACAACGACUUCGAGUUCGCUCUCUACCUGCUGGACGUCAGCUUCGACAACUUCGCCGUUGGCCCGCGUGACGGCAAGGUCAUCGUGGUGGAUGCCGAGAACGUCCUGGUGGCCGACAAGAGGCUGAUCAAACAGAACAAGCCAGAAAAUUACGACGUGUGGUACGAGAGCCGCUUCGAGGAGUGCGACAAGGAGGCGUGCCUGUCCUUCUCCAAGGAGUCGCUGUGCUCCAGGGUCACCGUGGAUCACAACUACUACGCCGUGUGCCAGAACCUGCUAUCGCGCUACGCCACGUGGCGGGGCACCACUGGAGGCCUCCUCCACGACCCCCCUGCCCAAGUAGUCAAAGACGGACAGCUCGACGCCCUGCUUGACGAGUGUACCAAACCCAAAAAGCGCUACGGUCGCUUCCAGGCUGCCAAGGAACUGCGCGAGUACCUCACACAGCUGGCUGCCGCAUCCUCUUCCUCGGCCUUGGCCAGGUAAUGAAUGUAGCCGGCAUCUAUACGAGGUCCCACCGGGGGGGGGGGGGUGGGGAUAGUUGGUGGGGGUGUGGCGUGGCGAAUACCCUACCCCUGACCUUUGACCGCCGACCUUUUGAGCUUCGUAAAUCGCAGUCCCUCUACGUGAUGUCACCCGUCUGUCUCAGCACCGGAGCAGGGGUAGAUCCCUCACCAUGAAGCAUAGGAAUCAAACUGUCAAAGGCUCCAGAGCGCCAACUUUUCCUGAAUCUACUGUCACGUGGGGACGAGGAGGGCAGAACUAAGCCGAUCUGGCUAGGAUUAAAGUACAGAAGGGACUAGGACAGAGGGGACUAGAGUUGACCUCCCCUCCUUCAAAAUGGGUGUGCCGUCCUGGGGAGGGGUGAGUGUGUGUGUGGCGGGGGUGUUAUUGGAUGGCUCAGGCGCCUUGUGGUGUCCACCAGAACUCGCCCAUCACAGUCCGAAGCAACAACGGCGACAAUAACAGACCACAUUCACUUCCCUGAGCUCUCUGUGUUGAACCCCACCCCCACCCACCCAUCCUCCAUUUGAGCUAGACUGCAUUUGUUUAUAUCGCCGCUCCCCCUCCCCUAGGAUCAUCCAUUGUUCCCGCCGUUUUAAUCGGAGGGGUUUGAUUCUGAGCAGACCGUUGCAUUUCCCCUCUCACUGUCUUGUGGCCUCCCGUUAGUGGCGAGGCUGUAGGAAAGGCAGGGUGAGGGGCGGAGGGUGAGGUUGUCUAGAACCCCCCUCCCUCUGCCCGCAGUCCACCAGUGGGAGAAAAGGGGAAGUACAAGCCACACAGCAGGCAGGGCAGGAGAAGAAGAAAACCGUUUGCUUGAAAGUCCCAUUUCCUGCCCUACCAAUCAGUCGCUCACCUGAUCUCCAGGUCUCUGGAGUGCGGCAAUCAAUGUUUGUUUUUGAUUUUUUUUUUCCUGUUGCUGUUGUUGUUGAUGUUGUUGUUGUUUUUAGUUCCCCCCACACACACACAGAUUUUUUUUGUCUAAAGUAAAUAAGGAAAGAGCAACACUGCUGUACACAGGAAUAAGGAUUGGAAAAGGAAGGGGGUAAGUGGACAACGAUGCUCCAUUGAUGCAUAUGCACACACACCAAAGAGGAUAUACGUAUAUGUAGUCUAACUGCCCCCCUAAAAGAAAAAAAAAAAAAAAAAAAAGAAAAUGGUACAAAGCGACAGCACUUCUCCCUUCAGUCGUUCUCAACAGAGAGCUGUCCAAAGAUACCCUUGUUGUCUAGGAAAUGGACAUAGGAAACCAGUGGCUCCAUUGCACUGAUUUUGUUUUUGCUUUGUUUUUCUCUUGUUUUUCUUUUUGUAUCGGUACAAAUCAAAUCUAGGAAUCCAGACUAAGAUAGGCAAUUGCUGUAUUUCAGCCCCCACCGGACCCCCACCCUCCUCCCUUGCCAGCAAUUUUGAUUGAUUCAUGAUAGGAGGGGAAAUAAUAGGAUAGUUCUAGAUUAGCGUUUGCUCAUUGAGGUAAGAGAAUCGUGACUGAAAGGAACAAAGAGAUUAAGUGAUUUUUUAAAAAAAAAAAUUUUUUUUUUUUUAGAGCAGACUAAAAUUCUCACUAGCGGUUGCCUCUAGUGCCAGGUUCUCCUUAACUGGUUGUAAUUUAUAAAUUAACUGCAUUAUCGGGCUUAUCCCUGCUGCUGUCGAGGGCCGCAAGCUCGCACACAUCAACAUUGGCAAAGUGACUCCGGAUAUCCAGAGUAAACGGAGGGCCAACUCCACCCAUCACAGAACCAAAUUCUGACCCGCACGUUUUGUUAAUUUGACUGCUGAGAUAUUUCAUUGAGUAUUUAAACAAGAUGUCCUCACCAAUCACCAUCACUUUGAGUCAUUGGUCUUCUGUUUUUCCAAAUGGGUUGUUGCCCCCCCCCCCCGAUCUUCAUCAAAUUGGUAUGUUUAAGUUGAUUUUUACAUUCGGUGGGCCAAUAAAUCACAGCGUACUUACGAAUAUAGGCUUAUAUUAUUUGGCAAAGGAUUAUGGGAGAUCCCAACCCUCAAAUCCCCCCUCUGGUCUUGUUCAUUUUUGUACAAUGUCGUCUGUUGAUGUAGUAAAAACUAAAAGCGGAGGCUAAAUGCCUAAUGGAGUACGGUGCAGCACAGCCAGUAGGCUGGCAAUAAUCAAAUGAAGCAAGCACCUGGUCCACUUUGAGGAAGUUGGAAAAACCCAGUGGUAUAUUUUUGCUUUUUUUGGGGGGGGGGAUUUGUCCUUCUGCUAUAACCCCGGGGAGUCCACAUGGACCUCGUCAGUUUGGAAAAGCAAUAAACCGUAAGCUUUGGCGAACACAUGUGAUGAUUUCUGGUUCUGAAUCCCCGUUUUGUUGUAUCAGGUACAUGUGUUGUCCCCGGCCUGGAGAGGACUCACUAGCUGGAGGGCUUUGUAUGGAGAGGACUCACUAGCUGGAGGGGUUUGUAUGUGCGUAAUUAACUGUCCGCUUUUGUACUGUAAUUUUUCAUUUGAGUAUUAUAUCAGCAUUGUCUGAUUCUUCCUGUGCCUUUCAUUCAAAUGUUGUAUUUACAACUUUUAGUGGGUUUAAAUAUUGAAAUAAAUGAAGAUAUAUAUAUCUAUAUAUAUCUAUAUACUUA